AUGGCCAAGCGCGCGUGCUUCGAGCUGCCGCUCUUCGUCGAGCAGGAACUUCGGAUGGUUCCGUUGGGGCAGAAUCGUCUGGCCAUGGGCAGCGUGCUGCGCCGAGUCACCCAGCUCUGCGAAGCCGCGCCGCGCCUGCCGGAAGCUCUGACCCGCCUGCGCGCAGACAUGUUGCGGUCCGCUGCAGUCUUCAGCUCACAGUGUCCUUGCGCCGUCAACUUGCUGCUUCUACACCAGCCUCUGUGGGACCGGGACAUGCCCUUGUUCCGAAAAGCCAGCAAGACCGACGAGGGCAGGAAGGUUCGGCUCUGGUAUGGCUCGCCUGCCAGCGGCUUGUACAUGGACACGCUCAGCAUCGCACAGGCUUUCAGCCUCCAGGCCAACGCCGCAAUGGCGUCGACCCUGCUUGGGGAGAACCACGAGAAGAAGUACCGCGUUGGCGGAAGCUACAACCCAUCCGACACGGCCACGACUGUGAAGUUGGAGGCCCUGUCGCCUGAGGGCAAAGGUGGCGAGCCCGGACGCGCGCUACGGGUCGCGGUACUACCGCGCCUGCAGCCUGUCGCCUCGGACAACGCGGCACGCCAGCCUGUCUUGACAGCACGGACCAGCAAGCGUGGCAAACCUGCCAAGGCCACGCCAAAGAAGACAAGAAGCGCCACGGCAAGCCUGACAGGGGAUGUUGGCAAGGCCACGCCAGCGAAGUCGGCCAGCAUGAAGUCGCUGCCAUGGAGCCCUGCCUCCAGCUGUUUGCCGGCCACGCAGCCACGGAGCCCGUGGGUAGAGAAGAUGCGAGCACGCUUGAAGAAGGUGCACCGGUGCACAUCGGAGGACGCGUGA